AUGGACGAACCGUUCCGUAAGAGGCCACGCCUCUCUAUGUUCGCCAACCGUUCCUCUGAUCCUGGCCUGGACGAAGAUCUCGGCACCCGACGGUUGAGAAAUGAUCACUUGCUGAAAUCGCGUUUUGAAUCGAUCUUUGAGAAGUACUCCCACGACUUUUCCGGUAUUGGUGACGAGAUAGACAUGGAUACUAUGUCCAUAGUAGUGAAUAACGGCCAUGUGCAAUCAAUGGAAGAUGAGACGGAUCCAGGAGGCGCAUACUCUACAAAGGGGAAAUCGUUGCUCAGAGCAAUGACUGAGCUUCAAGACGGUGCACAAGAGUACUCCAAUGAGGGUGCAGACGAGGUCAUCAUGAGUAUCGAGGAAAUCGCCGAGAAUGCUGCAAUGGCAGUUGACGACCAGGAAAUGGAUCCUGUGGACAGCGACGAGGAAUUAUUUGUGCCCAUCCAUGCUCGCGCAUCAUACGUUACGCCUCCUGAUGCAAGAGAAAGCCACAACACUGUCCAAUCUGGUACAGUCGACUCUGACCAUGAUUCACUUUUCGAGGGGGUGCAACAGCCGGAAAGAUCGACAAGUCCUGACUCUUUGUUCCAAGUUCAACUUCAAGAUUCAUCUAAUCCCAAGACCACCGAUUCGCUACUCGAGUUCGAAAUUCCACACGAGGAGGUGGAUGACGAUGCCAUUCUUGAGAAGUUUGGACCUAGGCUUGGUCCGGAGGUGUUGGCAAUUAUACGAAGAACUAGAAGUGUUGCUGCUCAAGCCCAUAUCGAGCCGGCCUGGCGUCUCCCCACGAAUCUCGUUCCUUCGGAGCGGCCCAGAUCUGCCUCGAAGUCCAAGACGCCGUCAGUCCCUCUACCUAAUCCACGAGAUCAGCGGACUGCCUCCCCAGGUGCUGCAAAGUCUCUCUGGAAGCCGCCUAACCGGUCAACCAAGAGAACGGCGUGUCAAGCUGCUGUGAGUCGACGUACUCGUGCCGAAUCGGCAGAUCCGCUUCAAGACGGGUUUUCUGACCGACAGGACGAAGGAGAAGAGAGUACCGACAGCGGACAAGAGACAAAAGAUACAGAGGACGAACAGGUCGUGCAGAUGAGGGAAGGCUCUUGUUUUUAUUGCUCUCGCCAGUGGGCCUGCAAGGCAGGUGUCUUCAGGCACUGGGCCAAACUGGCAAAGAAUUAUGACAUGGGCGAAAUAGAUGAUGACGAUGUGCAUGACCUGGAGUAUAUCCGCGUUUACGUGUCAUACAACAGCAGGCCGGCGCGCCUACCAAGACUGAUCGUUUCCGACUUUAAAACCCUGGUUGAAUUGCAUGAGGGCGCCGGGUUGUCUUUCGAUGAAAUCGCGGAAUGCCGAGCUCUUCGAACACACAAGACUGGACUUGCUCUCAAUGAUGUCUAUGACAGAUACCGGACACUGUCUGGUCUUGCCAACGAUGCUUCAAGAGAAUGGUCGGAGGCGGAGCUGUGUCUUUUGGAGGAGCUCUGUCAGAACCCAAAACGAGACGUUGGGACGUUUGUAUCACAUUUCAAACAUCGCCACCAGAGCGAGAUCGGAAAUAAAUUGGCCGAAAUAUGGUUGGAAAAUCUCUGGUGUUCGGUUGGAAAAGGACCUACCGCAUCAACACAGCGGACAAAUACAUCGCCACAGGCACAGGGUGAGCACGAAGGGUUACCGGCGCAUCAUGUAUCUGUCAAAGUGGAGCCUGAUUCCGACGAAGAGCUGUUCCGUCGAAGAUGA